AUGGCUUCUUCUGCGAUUGCGAGAGCUCCGGGUGCUACGACGUGCCGUAGGCUGAGGAUAAACCCUAACAACGAGCUUAGACCAGAUAAUUACGAGGAUAUGCAUCUCGAUUUCCCUAAUCCUGUUUAUAAGAAUCUCGAGAAGUACUUGCCGCCAGACAUGUUGGUUUCCAACAGGGAGGAGAAAGUGAGAUUCAUGACUGACAUUAUGCACAGUCAUCUUCCUAACGGAGAGCGUUCCAGGGCUCAGAGGCACAAUGACUAUAGGAGUAAGAUAGUAUCAAACUAUCAGCCACUUCACAGGGAGCUUUAUAAUCUGGUUCCCAUACUAUGUUUCGUUCCUUCUUUCCUAAAUGCGGUUAAUGAUAACACAGAGGAUAGCUUCAGAAGCAUCAUAUCUGAAGCGUCUCCUGGUGUUUUUGUUUUUGACAUGCUCCUACCUAGCUUCUGCGAGAUGAUGCUUGAAGAGGAUUUGUCUUUUAUUCUUAUCUGGUAUAUAGGUUUGUGCGCCCUUCCAGCUUUCUGGGUAAAUUACAUACUCUUGCUUCAUAAGCUAUUGGCGAGAAGUGGAGCUGAUCUUGCUAAUCUGUUGAAUGAGGCUGCUAUAUUGGCUGGAAGGCGUGCGAAGACGGCGAUAUCGUCUAAAGAGAUUGAUGACUCUAUUGAUAGAAUCGUUGCUGGUAUGGAAGGAACUGUGAUGAUUGAUAGCAAGAGUAAAAGCUUGGUUGCUUACCAUGAAGUUGGUCAUGCCGUGGGUGGAACAUUGACACCAGGACAUGAUGCUGUGCAAAAGGUGACGUUGGUACCAAGAGGACAAGCGAGAGGUCUAACUUGGUUCAUUCCAUCAGAUGACCCUACUCUCAUCUCCAAGCAACAACUCUUUGCAAGAAUUGUUGGUGGACUCGGUGGUAGAGCCGCUGAAGAAAUCAUCUUUGGUGAGCCUGAGGUUACUACUCUCGCCGUUGGUGACUUGCAACAGAUCACCGGUUUGGCUAAGCAGCUGUUAAUAUCAAAGAAGAGGCUAGCGUCUCUACGUUACUGA